AUGGCCGCGCCGCUGUCCCGCCUCAGUGCUGGGCCUGCAGCCUUGAGGUCCUGGGGCCUGCACUGCAGCCUUCUGCUCUUCCUGCUGCUGCUGCCACUGCUGAACUCGGGUUACAAAGAAGACAGCACCAAACCGGCUUGUGGGAAACCCUGGUGGUCGGAGGAUUUGGACGUGACCCGCCAUUGGCCCUGGGAGGUGAGCCUCCGACUAGAGAAUGAGCACGUGUGUGGAGGGGCCCUCAUUGACUUCAGCUGGGUGGUGACUGCUGCCCACUGCAUCCAAGGCACCAAAGAGUACUCGGUGAUUCUCGGCACCUCCAAGCUGAAGCCCAUGGACCCCACAAAGGCUGUCUCGAUCCCCGUGAGGGACAUCAUCAUGCACCCCAAGUACUGGGGCCGGACUUUCACCAUGGGCGAUGUCGCCCUCCUCCUGCUUCACACUCCUGUCGUCUUCAGCAAGUACGUGCAGCCCAUCUGCCUCCCGGAACCCACCUACAACCUGAAGGUUGGGACGCAGUGCUGGGUGACCGGCUGGGGCCAGGUUAAGCAGCGCUACUCAGAGUCAUUGUUCCAGGGCUGUGGUCAGACCAGCGUCUCCUGUAAGGUGGUGAAGGGGCGGCUGGUGGAGGUUGGCAAGUGGCCCUGGCAGGUGAGCCUCCUGUUCCUAGGUGUGUACAUCUGCAGUGGCUCCCUUGUGCACCACCAGUGGAUCCUCACGGCCGCACACUGCUUACAGAGAUCCAUGGACCCCAAGGAUUACGUCGUGAUGGUGGGUGUCCAACACCUCCCGGAAAAUGGUACUCGGCUCCCGCUUGCUCGCAUCAUAAUUCACGAGAAUUUCAGCAACCUCAUAUCUAAUGACAUCGCCCUCCUGAAGCUCAGGGACCCCGUGUUCUGGUCCCCCCUCAUCCAGCCUGUCUGCCUACCCACCGCCAAAGUCAAGCUACCUAUUGGAACCAUGUGCUGGGUGGUCGGAUGGGGAAAUACCAAAAGUCCAGUGACCUCAAAGACCCCCUACAGUCUUCAGGAAGUGGCUGUGAAGAUCGUAAACAAAGGGGUCUGCAAUCAACAGUACCAGUUCCUGUACUUGAAGGGACAGAAGAAGUUCAUCGGGAAUGACAUCCUGUGUGCCAACUCAGAAUGGGGCAUAGACACUUGUCAGGAUAACUCCGGCAGCUCCAUGGUCUGCCAAGUGAACAAGACUUGGAUGCAGAUGGGGGUGGUGAGCUGGAAUUUUAGCUGCAAAAAGCAUCGCUUCCCGGGCAUCUACACCAGCACCUCCUACUUCACCCACUGGAUCAGGAAGCAGAUCGCCGAUGUGAAGUUCAUCAGUAGGGCCCACCUCACCUUCCUGAACCCGGUCUUACUCACUGGCUACAUUCUGCUGGUCUCCUUGGGCCCCCUGUGGCUCCUGUGAAUGGUGUUUCCAGGGCGGUCCCUCUCAGAGGCAGCUUCUUCCUCCCCUCUGUCCGCCUUCAGGAGAAGUGAAGACUGGAGGAGCGCAGGACAUUAGGGCAGAGCGCCCUUGGGCAGGGCCCCAGAGCCACUGUGUUUUCAGUUGUUCAAUGAAGAUGCUCUUGAACUUUACACCAUUGGUCAUCAUCUUUCUUGUUGACUUUGGCAGGAACCCUUCACAGCCUGCCCCGCCCCCAAGAGGGCUGGCUGUCCUCUCAGGGGAGCCUUCCCUGAUAGUCCUACUUGCGCUGUGUGCGUCGCGUUCCCCUCUCUGAACUGCAGUUUCCUCCUCUGCCAAAUACGGAGCUGGACUCUGUGACCCCAGCCCCUGCUCAGUCACCACCACAGCACUCCAGCAAUCCCCAGGUCCCCGUGGUACUCACCUGGAUUUCUGACCAAGUUUCCUUCAGGCCUUCCUGUGAGGGUUGGCCUCUUCCGAAGACACUCCCAAUAACCAGACCUCUGUGAACCCUGUUCCAGAGCCUGUGGACCUCCCCCAAACCCUGCUGUCCCCUUCAGGAUCUACAGAACCUGCCCAGUUCCUCCUCUGUCCCUGGCAGGAGAGUGUGGUGAUGGAGGGUCGGGGGAGGCCAAGGCAUAGUGCUUGCUUGGAUGAACGGUGUGAAUUGCACCCUGAGCCCCGGAGCUGCCUUCAGUGGCCUCCAUCAGACGCUGGAAUGCGAGGACAGGUUGGCCCAAGCUAGCCAGGCUGAGCGGGCAGAGUCCUACCACAUGUGUGGAGGAAGUCUCAGACCUGGUGGGCCUCAGGUUUAUAGUAGCCAGAUAGCCCUGCCCUAGAAAGGUGGUGGGUGUGAUUUGCUGUCUUCUCAGAGUCUGGAGCACUGGAAGGCCAGCCUGAGUGUCUCUCCCAAGGCAGCAGGCCCUGGCAAAAGUUAGAAUGUCCUGGUUUGAGUUCACUUUGACCUUAUCUUUUAUUAGGUUGGAGUUUUCCAACAGUUUUGAACCAAAGCUUCUUAUAGGCUUUCCCUACACUAUUUAAAUGCAUUAUUUAUCUAUGCCACAGAGCCAUCAAAAUGUUCCCCGUAUUCCAACAUACAGAGUGGCCUUCUGCUCUGAGAAGGGCUUGAUGGUUACCAUC